AUGGAGUUCAACUUCAACACUAUGGUAAAGCACGUCGAUCACGACAAACAGCUCAACACAACCGAGCUCCUGCGGCUGGCUCUCAACCGAAGUAGGAAGAGGCUGCAUUGGCUCCAAGAAGCCGCCACACAUAGAAGCCCCAUUGACGUUGAAGCCCUCACUGGCUAUAGUGGCGAAGGCGAGUAUUUAGCAUAUCUCUUCAUCGGCACUCCGCCGAGACCUUUCCCGGCCAUAAUCGACACGGCCAGCGACCUAACGUGGACCCAGUGCGCACCCUGCAACAACUGCUCCGCACAGCCGACUCCCUUAUUCAACCGUACGACGUCCACGUCGUACGCCGCGUUAAAAUGCCCGAACAAGAAGUGCAAACUGUACAAGUCCGAUGGCUGCGACAAACGUCCGCCUGACGCCAAGUGCACAUACAACCGCACGUACGGAGAUGGCCGCGGGACCCGAGGCGAACUGGCGACCGAGACCCUCUGGUUCGAGGGCCUCCGCGUCCCCAGAGUCCUAUUCGGCUGCGGAUUUCACAGUUACGGGGAUGUACUAUCUGGAGGCGCGGGGGUCUUGGGCCUGGGCCGAUGGAACGACAGCAUUGUCUCCCAACUCGGCGUGGGCACGUUCUCCUACUGUCUGCCCACGUUCGGCGCCAACGGGACCGGCCGUCUUCUUAUGGGUUCUGGGGCCCGCGUGGGCGCGGGCGCAUUCACCACGCCGCUUCUCAGGCAUCCAGGCGUUCGCGGCGGCGGCCUUUACUAUGUCCGUCUCCAGUGGAUCAGCAUCAAUGGGGCCCACAUCAACGUCAACUCCUCCGCGUUCAAGGAUGGGUCGGGUGGUCUGGUCAUCGACUCGGGAACAGCCAUCACGCAACUCGAGAAGAGCACGUUCGAGGCCGUCGGCAAGGAACUCACCUGCCAAAUCGGACUUCAACCGACCGAUGGGGACUUGGAAUUGUGCUACAAACUCCCGAGAGGCCACGCGGACGCGGAGGGAAUUCAGUUUCCGGAGAUCGUGCUGGGAUUCGAGGGGGGACCCCUGGAGUUGCCGUCGCGAAACUACUUCUUAACUGUAAAGGAUAAGAGGAUGGUGUGCUUCAUGAUGGCUGCUACUGAUUCGCCCUUAUCCAUUUUCGGCAGUUUUCAGCAGCAGGACACAUUGGUGGCUUAUGAUCUGGCUAACGAGGAACUAUCUUUUGCGCCCUACACACCGUGCAACCACUACUAG